AUGGAGAAUUCUUCAGAGACCGUUGCAGCAGCAGCAUCCCCCCCUCCCGUAGCAGGGGAAGCUGCAUCAUCGUUAGAUCAUCGGUCUGAGAAGGAUGCCCCGACUGAAACCGAAGCGUCAAGUUCGACAUAUGACGAAUUGGGUCCUAACAAUUCUGAUUCCCGAAUGGAGAAGCAACAUGAGUCACCAGAAACAAAUAGACCAGCGGAGAAUGAGCAACCAGAAGAAUUGAACUCUCGCAGGAAAGCCAUCAUUGUGCUUGCGCUUUGUUUAUGUGUGUUUUUGUCUGCUCUUGAUCAAACAAUUAUAACAACCGCCAUUCCUGUGAUAGCUGGGCGAUUCAAGUCGCCAGCAGCUUAUACUUGGAUCGGCAGCUCUUAUCUAUUGGCUUCAGCAGCCUUACUGCCAUCAUGGGGUAAAUUCAGUGACAUAUGGGGCCGGAAACCAGUCCUGUUAUCUGCCUGCAUUAUAUUCUUGAUUGGGAGUAUAUUAUGCGCCGCUGCACAAAAUAUCGGGAUGCUGCUGGCAGGUCGAGUGAUCCAGGGAAUUGGAGCAGGUGGACAGCUAGGGCUCGUGAACGUUACCAUAUCGGAUCUGGUAGCCGUGAGGGAACGAGGCAUAUACCUAUCCUAUGUCGGGCUUACAUGGGCAUUCGCCUCUGCAAUUGGUCCAGUGUUGGGGGGCGUUUUCACCGAAAAGGCAACAUGGAGGCUCUGCUUCUGGAUCAAUAUCCCAAUUGGUGUUAUUGCGAUAUUAGGAUUGGUGAUUUUCCUGCAUCUUGAGUCGCCUCGGAUUUCUUUCAGUGAGGGCCUAUUAAGAGUGGAUUGGCUAGGGACCGCUCUCAUCGUUUCUGGAACCGUGCUCUUUUUGUUAGGCUUGGAGUUUGGGGGCGUAUCGCACCCAUGGAACUCGCCAAUGGUGUUUUGCUGCAUCAUAAUCGGGCUGCUUUUGGUGGCUACUUUUGUAUUUGUGGAAUGGAAGAUAGCCAAAAUACCCAUCAUGCCCCUGAGGCUAUUUAAUCAUCGGACUAAUGCGUGCUGCUAUCUGAUCGGUUUCCUACAUGGCAUGAUAUUCAUUGCGGGGUGCUACUUUAUUCCACUAUACUUUCAAGCUGCACGCGGAGAUUCAGCCCUGCUAUCAGGGGUCUUCGUAUUGCCAUAUGUCAUCGUGCUUUCCUUAGUGUCCGCUGCAUCCGGCUUCCUCAUUGCAAGAACAGGCCAAUAUCAGCAGGUAAUUUGGGGCGGAACAGCCAUAAUGGCACUUGGAAUAGGCCUCCUUGUAAAUCUCGACCGAACUAGCAGCUGGUCAAAACUCGCCAUAUACCAGAUUCUGGCAGGAAUUGGCUGUGGUCCACUUUUCCAAUCUCCCCUAAUUGCGAUCCACGCGACGAUUGACCAUAAAGAUGUUGGCACCGCCACUACCACAUUUGCUUUCGUUAGAUCUCUCGGCACUGCGCUCGCGAUCUGUAUCGGCCUUGUUGUGUUCCAGAAUAUGAUGGAGAACCAGUCGGUAGAGUUAGCGGCUUCAUCCUUGUCGAGGGAGGCAGUGCAUGCAAUCUCUGGGAGCUCAGCGGCGGCGUCCGUUGGUUAUGUUCAACAAUUGCCAGAGGAGCAGAAGAUUAUCGCGCAGGAUGCGUAUGCAAAGGCGUUGAGUACCAUGUGGUACCUUUUUAUGGCUGUGGCGAUAUUGGCUGUAUUUGCAUCAAUUGGAAUUGGCCGGCACCACCUUAGCGACAAGGUUGAAUCGGCGCAACCUGCAAAAGCGCGGAAGAGCAGAAAGAAGAGCGAGGAGAUCGUAUAA